AGAAGCAAUUACUGCAAUCUGCAACAGUCGCCACAACAACUGGUCAAUGGUCUGUACCUGUUGCUGGCACUAACAGAGGCUCGAGGAUAUGCAAUGCUGGAGUUUGCAUGGAUGAUGCUGCGUGUGUACAAUGAAGGAAACUUCACAGUGGAGCAGGAAGUAUCCAAGAAGUUAUAUCUACAAUACUCAGAAGAUAUAAUGCGGGAGGCCAGGUCAGUGUUGGUGCAGGAGUCACGGGAGUUUAUGAGAUGUGACCCACGGACACACGUACAGGGAGAAACUUACGUACAAAUAACUGAACUCUUGCAGGGUUAUAUUGAGAAUGAAGUAGACAUGAAUUCAGGAGGAUCAUGUUCACAAAACUGUGGCUAUUAUCAACACGCGAAGGCUGAGGGUUGCUACAUGCCACAGUCACAGUACUGUGGUAAACACCGUCGCUGUCAGGGUACCAUACACGACUGUCAGUUUUAUGAUGCGGAUGCUUGGGUGUGCUUGUCUAGAAAUCCUUACAGACGGUACGACUUCAUUCAGUAUGAGAGUAAACUGAGACUUGGACCCAACACAGAAUGUGAAGGCUCAGAAAUGAAGGUGGACUCCUGGUGGAGGUUCUUCUUCCACUGUUCUUAUUGCCUGUGUCUUUGUGAUGAUGACAAGUCAGCCACCACUGAUCGUUACAUCAGCCUGAUCCCAGCACUCAGUGAUGUCAACAAUAAUAAGGUUGUGACAGGUAUUCAGGUCAUCAAGUUGAGAGGAGUGAUUCAUCUACAGGUACAACACGGUCAGACUCUGCCCCAGGGACACGUCAACACUUCUACACUACAGUGGGUUCAGGUGGAGCCUCUCACUAUUAACAGCGCUGUCUACACUGAGGGAACUCACUACAAGAAGUUGUCAUAUGAGGAGCGUAGUAUUGACCUGGACCGUCUCCUGGCACCUGAUGAUCAUGUGGUCACUGGUGUUCGCUUCAGAAUGUUGGGAUCCCACGUUAACUUUGAGGUACAAAUAACUCCGGUGAACUACACAACGGGGGAGUUGAAUCCCACCAAGAGCUACUGGAUCAGUAAUGACAACACACCAGCUAUGGCUAGGAAUCCUAGGAAGGAAGUCCUGAUCACCUCUCCUGACGACCCAACCAAGUUCCCUGGCCUCUCCAAAAUUUACUCGGCACCAGACUCUUUCAUACGUUUUGGUCCCACUGACAGGGCACUAGACGUGGCUCAACUCACUGUGCCUUUCUUUGACGCCCAGCCAGUGUCUCCGUCACCCAGCUCCUGGUGGUCUGGUGUUGAGCUCUUUCACAAAGGUCAGCCUGGCUCUGGAGGAUUCCUGGCACUCAAGAUCAUCACCUAUGAUGUAACACCACACAUGGAGACCCAGGAUGAGAGGCCUAAGACUGUAGAUGUCUCUGAAAUACCUGCUAAUUAAUAGCUCUUCUGUUCUGUAGCAGUAAACUCAGAAGUUCUGAAUUUGCUUAUAGAGCUAUUUGUGAGUGUAAGGCUCUACAUGAGUUUAUUAUAUAUAAGGCUAAGCAAAUUUUCGUUAUAAAUCUGUAUGAUCCAUGACAAUAAAUGUCAUUAUUGUGAAGAUUAGACUACAUAAAUAUUGAAAGUGAACAUUUGACGAACCAACAUAGCUCCGCCAGGUGUGGCUAUACAAACAAGAAAAAAAAACUUUAAAUGGGGCUAUAUUUUGCUCAGGGUUGAGCUUUAUCACAUUAUACAGAUGAUACCUUUUGCACCUACAGAAUAUAUACUUACACAAAGUGAGACAGGAACAGUAAAGACUGAUAUGUCAGGUGUUGGUGAUACUGGAAGUGGAAAACUACACUCGACCUACUGGUCUAUUAUUAGGAUUUAACUGAUGUUAUAUAAUUUGCCGGGUGUUUCCCAUACAAAAUAAUACUUUGCUAGGCUGAAGGUAUCCUAAUUCUAUCUAAUAGUAUCUAUUUUCGUCACCUGUCCUCUUCUUUAAUUUUAAGAGUUGUGCAAGAAAGGUAUAAAAUACCGACAAUAUGAAAGUUAAGACACAUGUGCAACAUCUGGGUAUCUUUAUUGUAGAUGUUUCGCCAUCCAGUGGCUUUAUCAAUACAGAUUCUAGGACAUAAUAGGAAGACAGUA